AAUGAGUAGAAAUCAAUCCAGAUAAUAGUCAGCAGCUUAACCAACAUAAUAAACAUCUAAAAAUCAACCUCCAGCACCUGCACCUGCACCUGCUAAAGGCAAAGCUCCUGCUCCAGUUUAAUAACCUGUUCAACCACAAGCAAGUGGAUUUGAUGCAUCCAAAUAUGUUAAGCCAGGACUUAGCAAAGAAGAAGUAUUAAAAAUAAAGGAGUGCUUUGAUAUCUUUGAUGAUGACAAGAGCGGAUCUAUUUCGUAUAAUUUAUAUCUUAAUUUAGUCCAAAUGAAAUGAAAAAUGCCAUCAUAGCAUUAGGAAUGGAAUAAUCAGCAGAAGAAAUAGUGAACAUGAUUUAAGAUCUAGAUUAAGAUGGUUCUAGCGUAAUUGAUUUUGAAGAAUUUCUUAAUAUAUUUGGAUUCUCAGGGUAUUUAAUUUAUAUAUAUAAAUAAAAUAGUACAAUAGAAGAUGAAUAAGUACUUGAGAAGUUAUAUUAAGAGUUCGAUUCCUCUGGAUAAGGUAAAGUAACUUACGAGGAUUUCAAGAGAAUAAAUGAUUUGGUAUCAGAAAGAUAUACAGAUCAAGAAUUAAGAGAAAUGGUUGAAUAUGCUGAUAAAGAUAAAGAUGGAUCAUUAAGUUGGGAUGAAUUCAAAACUGUUGUUCAAAAAGAAUACCCAAAUCAAGCAUGAUU